GAGGCAGGAGCGAGGGUGGAGAUUGAAGAGCAACGUGGUUGGAGUCUGAGUGCACAGCAGAGAGGUCCAGCCAUUCCUGCUUCUUGCUUCUCGUUCCAUCAGUCUCUUGUCUUCUUGCCUUCCCAUCCUCGCCUCUUGUUAUAUACUUUCAUUUUCUUCCGAUGACCCCACCAGUCAUCAAGAUUGAAGUGAUCAAAGGAAACGGGCUGGGUCCUCAUGGCAACGGGCCGUUGGCGAGAUAUCCGAUCGGAAGGGGUCAGACUGACACCUUCUACAACAGCAAGCCCAUCGGCAAGGGCACUGUGAGCAUUGCGAAGCUCGGAGACAAGAAUAAUGUGCUGGAUACGACUUUCCAGUGCAAGCAAUUAACGUACCAUGUGGAGUUCCAGAAAUAUUUCCUUGUCAAGAACCUCAAAGUUCUGCUUGAGAAACAAGUACCUGAAUACAAGCACGAGUUUCAGAGGCUUGUCCUGAAGGGCAAGGUCCUCGAGGACGACAGGGAGCUGUCUGAGUACGGGAUCAACGCGUCUUCUGCAAGCUCUAUCACGCUACAGAUGUACCUGCUGCCAGAUCUAAGUGCCAUCAACACAAGUGCGAUCGAAGGUCCACGAAGGCAAUCUGAUGGGACACGAGUAUGGCAGCCCAUUGUAAAUGCAACAGGACUAAUUGGACACGAUUUCUCAUCUACGAUUAGCUCCUUCGUUCCCUAGCUAUUCAACUGUUCAGUUUGCAUGAUUUGUGAAUUUUCGACAGUCUGUUUUUUU